CAGCCCUCGUCCUUGAGCUUGCCUCAGGCCGCCGCUGCUAACUCGCUAGCCACUGCUACUCCGUCACGAAGGGCCCUACUGCAUCACCAAGACGCUGUGGCAACGAGGCUUGCAAAGAAAUCGCGGUGCCGUGCAAACUCACCAUCGCUGGCACAGCAAGCCCUGCAGCAUCACCGAGACUGCUGCCGCAAACGCCGCGUUGCACAGACGCCGAACGAGCACCAAUCGUUGGCAAGCAAGCAUGCGCCUCCUCCUCGCCGCAGCCGCGCUCUGCGCGAGUGACGCCGCCAAGGCCCCGGGCUCCGCCCAGUACGCCGCCCUCCGCCCCGCGCUCGACGAGAUCGCUUCCCUGAGGGCGCACGUCGACGGCGGCGCCUGCGUGCCCGAUUUAGGAGCAAAGGCCGACGCCCUCUGCGCCGCGGCCGAGGCAAGAGUAAAAGAGAGUGGCGGCGACGCCAAGGCGGUGCGCGACGUCGAAAAACGAUUAGAUGCUUUAUUGAGGAGCAUCUACGCCAAACAGUUGAGAACAGCAAGGGCCGCGGCCGUGCAGGCCUUCCGCCGUGCGAAGCUCGGAGGCGAGUACGACGCGCUGAUCAAAGCACGCGAGGAAUUCACGGCGCUCGCCGAGGCCGCGUCGCGCGCCGAGUGGACCUACGACGAGGACGAGCGGGAGCUCGAGGCGGCCUUAUUGGCCGUCAGCAGGGCCAGCGCCGCGGCGCGCGACGCGACGAUCGCCGCGGCGCAGCAGCGCGCUUCUGUAUUUGCCGUGCUGCGCAAGCUCGUUCUAGAAUUAUCGGCGGCGACGGCCAAGAGACUGGGGAACGACGCCGACUGCGACGCCGGCCUCGCCGCGCGAGUGCCGGCCACGAACAUCAACCUGUCGGGCGCGCUGCAGCGGGGCAAGUCGUCGCUCCAGAUCUCCUGCGUGCCCGACGACUCGGCGGCGCUGCUGGGGGCGUCCGGCUUCAACAAGCCGCGCGUCGGCGCGGGCGACCUCGCCGUGUCGUGGAAGGGGGACGUCUAAGUACUCGAAGUAUCUAACUACACGGACCUGC